AUGUGUACUUGCAUGAAAAGGGUUCAAUCACUUCACCAAAUCAGAGAAGAAGUUGCCAAAUUGGUGAAUGAACUUCGUGAUGUGAGCUCCAGUGAUGAGUGCAAUGUAAAUCUAAGCGAAAUGCUUAACUCAACAUCGAACAACAUCGUGUGUAAAUGUGCUCUUGGACGGAAAUACACGAGAGAUGGUUACAGCAGAGUGAAAGAAUUAGCAAGGAACGUUAUGGUUCAGCUUGUAGCUUUCACUGUGGGAGAUUACUUUCAUUUGCUGGGUUGGGUUGAUUAUCUGACUGGAAAAAUUCAAGAAUAUAAGGCCACUUUUCAUGCACUGGAUGCUUUAUUUGACCAAACAAUUGCGGAGCAUUUGACAGAGAAGAUGGAAUGUGACCACUUGAAAAAUAAAGACUUUGUGGAUAUCCUACUCCAACAUCAACAGAGUGACAUGCUUAACCUUGAGCUCACCAAAAAUGACCUCAAAGCACUUCUCCUGGAUAUGUUCGUUGGAGGAACUGACACAGGUGCAGUUGUAUUAGAAUGGGCUAUUUCAGAGCUUGCGAGAAACCCAACCAUAAUGAAGAAAGUACAGGAAGAAGUGAGAAAAAUCGACAUUCCAGCAAAAACAAGGGUUUAUGUUAAUGCAUGGGCAAUUCAAAGGGAUCCUACAUUUUGGGAAAGUCCCGAAGAAUUCAUGCCAGAGAGAUUUGAAAACAGUGAAAUUGAUUUUAAAGGUCAACAUUCUCAUUUUAUUCCAUUUGGUUUUGGGAGAAGAGGAUAUCCUGGAAUGAAUUUUGGAGUUACUUUUGUUGAAUAUAUUCUGGCCACCCUUCUUUAUCGGUUCGAUUGGAAGUUGCCUGAGUCUGAUAGACUUAAACAAGAUAUCGAUAUGACCGAGAUGAAAAUGGCUCUUCAAUCAACUCCACAACCAUCUUCGUCAAAGCCAACCGCAUCAUUCUCCUUCCUAUGCUUCUUCAUCAGCGUUGUGUUUGUCGUGUUUAAACUCUCCAGAAGAACCAAACGCAAUUCACCUCCAUCCCCACCAAAGAUACCCGUCAUAGGAAAUCUUCAUCAGCUUGGCACAUUGCCACACCGUUCCUUCCAAGCUCUCUCUCGCAAGCAUGGUCCUCUCAUGUUGCUGCAGCUGGGGCAGGUCCCAACGCUCGUCGUUUCAUCUGCUGACGUGGCCGGAGAAAUACUCAAAGCCCACGACCUCGCUUUGUUGAACAGGCCAAAAUCCGCCGCCGGCGGAGUCUUUCUCUACGGCUACAAGGACGUGGCUUUCGCCCCCUACGGCGAGGAGUGGAGACAGAAGAGGAAGGUAUGCGCUCUUGAGCUUGUGAGCAUGAAAAGCGUGCGGUCGCUGCACUUCAUCCGCGUCGAAGAAGUUGCAGAAAUGGUGGGUGCGAUACGCGAAGCGUGUGCUAGUCAAACAGCCUCUGUGAACCUGAGUGAGUUGUUGAUUGCACUCUCCAACAACAUAAUGUCGAGGUGUAUUCUUGGACAAAAAUAUGAUACUCCGGAUGGUAGGAGCAGCUUUGGGGAGAUUGGAAGGACGUUGCUGAGUCAGUUCACAGCUUUCUGCGUGGGAGAUUUCUUCCCUUGUUUGGGUUGGGUUGAUGUUCUAACGGGCCAAAUUUCAAAGUUUAAGGCCACUUUUCGUUUGUUAGAUGGUUUCUUUGAUCAGGUAAUUGCAGAACAUAAAGAAAAGAUGAAGAAGAGGGAUGGUAUCCUAUCCGAAAAGAAAGACUUCGUGGAUAUUCUUUUUCAACUUCAUGAGGCCGGUUUGCUUGGCUUUCAGCUCUCCCAAGAUGUUCUCAAAGCAUUUGUAAUGACAUUGAAGGAAAAAGAAAUUGAGGCAGGGGCAAGUGACACAUCUUCAACAGUUUUGGAAUGGACUAUGGCAGAGCUCAUGAGGAAUCCAAAUACCAUGGAAAAGGCACAGGAAGAAGUAAGAAGAGUGGUGGGGGAUAAAGCAGAAGUAGAUGAAGAUGAUUUGAAACAAAUGAGUUACUUAAAUUGUGUACUCAAAGAAUCUUUGAGGUUACAUCCCCCUGCUCCUCUUUUGAUUCCUAGAGAAACAACCUCUGAUGUGAAGCUGAGAGGGUACGAUAUUCCAGCCAAGACAAGGGUAAUGUUCAACGCAUGGGCAAUACAGAGGGACCCUGAACUUUGGGACAAACCAGACGAGUUCCUUCCAGAUAGAUUUAAAAACAGCCACUUAGAUUUCAAAGGACAAGAUUUCGAGUUUAUUCCAUUUGGUUCUGGAAGAAGGGGAUGCCCAGGAAUUUCAUUUGGGAUGACUGUAGUUGGGUAUGCCCUUGCCAAUCUUCUUUAUUGGUUCGAUUGGAAGCUGCCUAAAACUGAUGCAGCAGAGCAAGGUAUUGACAUGAACGAGACGUAUGGGCUCACUGUCAGCAAGAUGGUUCCACUUCUCCUUCAACCAACGCCCUUCUCCUUAGCAAGUGGAUCUAAACCUUGA